UCAAAUGAAAGUGUUUCUCUACCAUAUCAAUCGUGGUGUGCGUUGCAGAUAGACGUAGAAGGGAAUAAUUCAUCAAACUUUACGAUUCUUUCGUGUGUAGCGGGGUCACACAGAUAGCAAGAUGUUGCGUCGUGUUUCAAGCGACCUGUUCCAUCUUUCUCAGAAAGUUGGGGUUCAAAAGGUGUUGGGAAAUGCAGUCAGGGCGACGACCGUUUCUCGGCCCUACUCAUCUUCGGCAGAGAAAAGUGACGAUGAACUGAGUUUUAACGAAACGGUCGACAAAUUCUUCGACAAGGCUUCUGCUUUGAUCGAAGAACGACUUGUCGAUGAGGUUAAAGGCAGGAAUUUGACACAUGAAGACAAAGUGAAACGGGUACGCGGGAUUUUGAAGAUAAUUAAACCAUGCAACCACAUUUGUUCGAUGUCAUUUCCAAUCAAGCGUGACAAUGGUGAAUACGAAGUUAUAGAGGCAUACAGGGCUCAGCACAGUCAACACAGGACACCAUGCAAAGGAGGUAUCCGAUACAGUCCUCUUGUCAAUGUUGAUGAAGUGAAGGCUCUUGCUGCUUUGAUGACCUACAAGUGUGCUGUUGUUGACGUUCCCUUUGGUGGUGCUAAAGCUGGUGUAAAGAUUGAUCCCUCGAAAUACUCAGAAAAUGAGUUGGAAAAGAUAACCAGAAGACUGGCAGUUGAACUAGCAAAGAAAGGCUUCAUUGGUGCGGGCAUUGAUGUCCCUGCCCCAGACAUGGGCACGGGAGAGCGCGAGAUGAGUUGGAUUUGUGACACAUAUUCACAGACUCUUGGACACUAUGAUAUCAACGCUAGAGCAUGUGUGACCGGCAAGCCCAUCCCACAGGGAGGAAUCCAUGGCCGUAUCUCUGCCACAGGGAGAGGUGUAUUUCACGGAGUGGAGAACUUUAUCAACGAGGCCAGCUAUAUGAGCAUGGUUGGACUGACGCCAGGAUUUGGAGACAAAACUUUCAUUGUGCAGGGUUUCGGCAACGUCGGCAUGCACAGUAUGAGGUACCUGCACAGAGCGGGGGCCAAGUGUGUCGGUAUCGUGGAGUACGAUGGAAGCAUCUACAACCCAGAAGGAAUCGACCCUCGGGAACUUGAGCUGUACAAGAUUGAACACGGAACUGUUGUUGGCUUCCCUGGAGCACGUGCUUACGAGGGAGACCUGCUGUGUGAGAAGUGUGACAUCCUGGUGCCGGCAGCCAGUGAGAAACAACUCACUUUAGAGAAUGCUCACAAGAUUCAAGCCAAGAUUGUAGCUGAGGGAGCCAAUGGACCGACAACGAUGGGAGCUGACAAGGUGUUCUUGGAGAGAAAUAUACUUGUGAUCCCUGACUUGUACAUUAACGCUGGUGGUGUGACGGUGUCGUACUUCGAGUGGCUGAAGAACCUCAACCAUGUCAGUUAUGGCAGACUCACUUUCAAGUAUGAAAGGGAAUCCAACUAUUAUCUUCUUGAGAGUGUUCAGAAAUCUCUUGAACGCAAGUUUGGAAAGAAUGUAGGCCAAGGCAGCAUUCCCAUUCUGCCAAGUGAAGAGUUUGAAGCUCGCAUUGCUGGUGCUUCCGAGAAGGACAUUGUACACUCAGGACUGGACUACACCAUGGAGAGAUCUGCAAGGAACAUCAUGAAGACUGCAAUGAAGUACAACCUGGGUUUGGACAUGAGAACUGCAGCCUUCAUCACGUCUAUAGAGAAGAUCUUCGGUGUGUACCAGGAGGCUGGUCUCACCUUCACAUAACCUGCACGUGCCUUGUCAGCUGCAUCACCUUGGCCAUCUCCUGCCUGCACUGGGAGGGAGGAGAUGUGUAGGAAGUGUUGUGUUGGGUAACACCAUAUGAAUACAUGUAGUGCUGGUUAGGUUAAACUCUCCACAUCAAUACUGUUGCUUAUACAUGGGAAGGGGGGGCAUCAUAUAGUGCUGUUGGCUGUCUUGCCACUUGUGUAAUAUUAAGUGAACGUUCAUACAGACAGGGGUUAAAAAAUGUGUUUGGCCAUAAACCAUGAGCCAUGACAACCAUUAUGCUGAAAUAGUUUAUACAAGUCUCAACACAUUAAAGUACUCAUGGAAAAGAAAAAAACCUGUUUAGCUGGAUUUAGUAAUCGA